AUGAAUGGCAGUGCCAGGUUGGUCGGAGACGAGUUCCAGUCGUCAGACAGUCGAAACUUGUGGCACCGCAGCUCUACAGUAGACUCUGCAAAGAUGGCAGACAUGGACAACAAAGAGCAGACAGAGAUGGACCCUGCAGACAUGGAGGACGUGGAGGAAGUUGAGGAAGAAGAGACUGGAGAAGACGUCAACAGCAAAGCGCGUCAGCUGACUGUCCAGAUGAUGCAGAACCCACAGAUCCUCGCAGCACUGCAGGAGCGACUCGAUGGGCUCAACGGCUCCCCCUCAGGAUACAUCGAGAGUUUACCGAAGGUGGUGAAGCGCCGUAUCAAUGCUCUGAAGAACCUGCAGGCAAAGUGUGCUCACAUUGAGGCAAAGUUCUACGAGGAAGUCCAUGAACUGGAAAGGAAGUACGCCGCACUCUAUCAGCCUCUCUUCGACAAGAGGAGUGAGAUUGUUAAAGCGGCCUACGAGCCCACGGACGAGGAGUGCGAGUGGAAGGCAGACGAUGAAGAAGAGCUCACAGUAAGUAAACAGGAAGAAAUGAAGGAGAAGGCAAAGCUGGAGGAGGAGAAGAAAGAUGAGGAGAAGGAAGACCCCAAAGGGAUCCCAGAGUUCUGGCUCACAGUGUUCAAGAAUGUGGACCUGCUCAGCGACAUGUUGCAGGAACACGACGAGCCCAUACUAAAACAUUUACAAGAUAUCAAAGUGAAAUUUUCGGAUCCAGGACAGCCUAUGAGCUUUACCUUAGAGUUCCUGUUCGAGCCCAACGACUUCUUCUCAAACACUGUCCUCACAAAAACGUACAAGAUGAGGUCUGAGCCAGACGACAGUGACCCCUUCUCCUUCGACGGCCCGGAGAUAAUGAGCUGCACGGGUUGUACGAUUGAGUGGACGAAGGGUAAAAAUGUCACAUUGAAAACUAUAAAGAAGAAACAGAAGCACAAGGGCCGCGGCACAGUGCGGACUGUCACCAAAACUGUGCCAAACGACUCCUUUUUUAACUUCUUCACUCCUCCAGAGGUCCCAGAAAACGUAGAGCUGGACGAGGACUCGGAGGCCAUCCUGGCUGCAGACUUUGAGAUCGGUCACUUCAUCCGAGAGAGGAUUGUGCCACGAGCAGUGCUGUACUUCACCGGCGAGGCCAUUGAGGACGACGAUGAUGACUACGAUGAGGAGGGGGAGGAGGCAGAUGACGAGGAGGGAGAGGAGGAGGCAGAUGAAGAGAACGACCCAGACUACGUGCCCAAGGGCGUGUGCUGGAGGGCGUGUGCUGGAGGGCGUGUGCUGGAGGGCGUGUGCUGGAGGGCGUGUGCUGGAGGGCGUGUGCUGGAGGGCGUGUGCUGGAGGGCGUGUGCUGGAGGGCGUGUGCUGGAGGGCGUGUGCUGGAGGGCGUGUGCUGGAGGGCGUGUGCUGGAGGGCGUGUGCUGGGGGCGUGUGCUGGAGGGCGUGUGCUGGAGGGCGUGUGCUGGAGGGCGUGUGCUGGAGGGCGUGUGCUGGGAGGGCGUGUGCUGGAGGGCGUGUGCUGGAGGGCGUGUGCUGGGGGCGGUGGCUGGAGGGCGUGUGCUGGAGGGCGUGUGGGGCUGGGGGCGUGUGCUGGGGGCGUGUGCUGGAGGGCGUGUGCUGGAGGGCGUGUGCUGGAGGGCGUGUGCUGGAGGGCGUGUGCUGGAGGGGGGGGUGCUGGGGGGCGUGUGCUGGGGGGCGUGUGCUGGGGGGCGUGUGCUGGGGGGCGUGUGCUGGGGGGCGGUGCUGGGGGCGUGUGCUGGGGGGGCGCGUGCUGGGGGGCGCUGUGCUGGAGGGGCGUGUGCGGCGCGGUAG